GACUUACUGUCGCACACACGCUAGUUUACUGGUACACUCUCUCCAAUGCUAAAAACAAGGAGGUUGUUACUAGAGUAUAAAGUAUCUCUGGUCAUACCCAUAAACCCUCGCUGUGAUCUGGAAGCAGUUCGUGCACCCGCGGCUCGAGUGUCAAGCACAAGCAUCAUGGCUCUUCGUCGGCUCUUCCAGCUGUCGUCUCUCUUUCGUUCAGCAGUGACCAUCACCCUUCGCAGGAACAUCGGACUGUCCGCUGUCGUCUUUAACAAGGCCAAAGACCUGGAUCCUGUACAGAAACUCUUCUUGGACAAGAUCAGAGAGUACAACACCAAGAGCAAGUCAGUUGGUGGUGUGGUUGAUGCUGGACCGGCCUAUCAGAAGAACCUGAUGGAGGAGAUGACCAAACUACAGCGAUUAUAUGGAGGUGGAGAUCUGACCCAGUUCCCACAGUUCAAAUUCCCAGAACCCAAACUUGAGGAGGUGACGACUAAAUGAAUAUCAGGAUGUCAGAACAAAACCCUGAUGGAGAGAUUGUGAAGUAGAUAUUUAAUAAAAGACCUUGGUUUAAAAGUC